GAUAACAAACAAAUGGCAGUUCAGCAGAAGCCGUCUAGUGAAUAGGAGUGACUACAGCAGAACGGAGUGAAUAUACGCGUCGAAGAAAAAAAUUGAAUUUGUGAAAAUUUAUAAAUUAAAUUUUGUGAAAAAAUGCAGUUGGAGUUAAUGCGCGCUACGCCUAAAAGGGGUUUUCAUAUACCACAAUAUUGGGAUGCUGACAACCGUAACAACAUUUGUAUACAGUGUACCGAUGGUGUUGCAUUGGCUUUAAAAUACAAGGAAGGCGUACUUUUAGCUACCACCAGAGCAGAAACGAAAAGUUACGAAACAAUUUAUAAGUUAACGGACAAAAUAUGUGCUUGCGUAUAUGGCGCUAUUGGUGAUAUUCAGCAAAUAAUGAAGAUGGCUAUUUCGCAAAUCAAAUUGCUGGAGUACAACACGGAGCAUGAAGUACCAGUGCGCGGUGUUACACAGAUCAUUAGAAAUUUGCUACAUUCACUACAAAAGAAUGCGACACCACACCCUAUAUAUGCGGAAAUAAUUGUUGGUGGCGUUGAUUGUGAUGGCUACAGCAUUUGUCAUAUAUUAUCAGAUACAUUCAAAUAUUACAGAGGUGAUUACUGUCUUAUGGGCGAUAAAGAUGGUUUGAUUUUGUUGGAUAAAUCUUAUAACAAGGAUUUAACAGAGGAAAUUGCACAACAAUUGGCGGAAGAUGUUAUGCAAAUGAAGCAUAAGAAUAUAAGAAAAAUGAAAUUCUGUAUAAUAGACAGUAAUGGUGUGCGCGAAAUAACGAAGGAAUCGGCUGAUGAAAACAAACACGUCAAUGUUGCAGUAUUAAGUGAUGAUUUUCGUAGAGAUUUUGUGUUAUUCAAAGAGGAAAGUAAUAAAGUUACACCAUUUUGUUCAUUCAAACGCGAAAUAUUGUCAUCCAGUAGAGAACAGCGUACCGUUACAGAAAUGUCACUAAGUCCACCAAGUUCACCAAUUGACGAUGAAAAACCAUCAACUUCAAAGGCGGCAAAAACGCCAGUCCAAGUUUCAAGCUAUACGACUUCCUUGGCGUGGCCAUCUGAUAAAAAGGAUGACAUCGUAAUUGAUUUUGAUUUUGAUUUUGAAUGAUUAAAAAUUGAAAUUAAACAAUCAAGCAUAA